AUGGAUGUCAUGUACAAGCUGGGAGAUGAGCUGCGGGAGCUCUCUGCGCUGCGCCGGCUCCGAUACCUCUGCGUCAAGAUAUGUUCGUCACCGCAGCGCCGAGCCCGUUUUCGUUUGAUUACACAGACAAAGUAUACUACUAGCCGCAAUGAGCGUGGCGCACUCGUUUCGACACUCAUGGUCAUUCGUGAUGUCCGUCAUCGCUGGAACUCGACCGAAGCCAUGAUCACGCGGGGUCUCCUUCUGCGAGAGGCCAUUGACGCGUGGGUUUUUGAGCGGCGAGAACUUCGACCGCUAUUACUGAGCAAUUCUGACUGGGAUCUUCUUGAGAGUCUAGGAAAGCUCCUCAAGCUGUUCACGGCGGUGACGCUUCAGAUGUCUAAGCGUUCCACCCCGACACUGCCCUGGGUCCUUCCAAUGUACGACACAAUGCUGACCCACCUGGAGAACGCUCGUGACAACAUCUCUUACCCCGAGGUUCUGCGUGUCGCCGCCGGCGCAGGGCUGACGAAGCUGAACGAGUAUUAUCCGAAGGCGCAGGCCAAUCAGUUCAACGUGAUCGCAACAUUGCUACACCCAUCCCUUGGGCUCGGUUUCUUUGCUGCGGUCGAUGCAGAUCGGGCAACACGCAAGCAGACAAGCUGGGAUUUGGUGAAGCAUGCCACGACCCUCUUUGAGCAUGCCUUUCGCAGCUAUCAGCGUGCGUACGACAGCGAGAAAAUGGAGGCGGCGAAGAGUGCACCGCCGCCACCUGUGGCUAACCCGUCCAGUCUCACAAGUCAGAUUGUUGCUCGGGUUGCGUCAAACUCGCGGAAUGAGGCCCAGCCCAGGGUCACUCGAGACGAACUGAAUGAGUUCUGGUGUGCAGCUCAGGUCUAUGGUGCUGGCGACGCUCAGAAACCGUUACUGUGGUGGAAGGAGUUCGGGACACACUUCCCAGUCGCCUCGCGUAUGGCACGCGACUUCCUAGCCAUACCCGGGACCAGUGUUUCGGUUGAGAGGUUGUUCUCUCAAGCCCGGAAUGUGUGCCAGGACACCCGUAGCUCCCUCAAGGCCUCGACAAUCAAGGAGGCGAUGUUGACAAAGAUGUGGCUCAAGGCCGGCUAUAUCCAACUGUAG